AUGGACCCACCCGAGAUACCCAAGUCGACAAAGCCACCAAGAAGGGGACUUGAACCCUUUCCGCUCCUCGACACAAACAUCUCAUGCGAGGAAGAUGCCCGUACAUCAGUGUUCUCCAUGGCCUCAUCUCCCGACCUGGAAUCCAGGCCCACGAGACAAGCCAGGGCACCAACUUUGUUCUCAGAUGAGAAUAUCGCCCCUAGCAUUCGGUAUGGACCAAGCAAAAACGCACACCUCCUGGAGAGGAGUAUGGACGAUGUCAUCGCGAGAAAACAAGCCGAAACAAAGUCGACCUACUAUGAGGAAGCGUUCUCUAGCCGCGGCUCGCAUAAUUCACCCAGGGAGCGCAUCCUCCAGGACUCGAUCGUGGUUGCUGAGCUCACAACCAGUGCCAAGAUCACCAGCCCUGGAGAUUUGAUGAUGGACAUUUCUCGCCACCUCGCUUUGAUAUACCAGCGCCCGGAGGCCGCGAUUUGCCUGACGAUUCAGACCGAAGCCCCUUUGUCAUUUGGCAACAUUUCUCUCCCAGCAUACAAGCUCAAGAUAUACGCCCUGCCUUCCGUCAUCGCGCCCACCACCAAUAUGCGCAGCACAACCAUGCUGACCGAGGAGUUGUAUCAGUUGAUUGGUAUUGGCCCCGAUCUCGGAGUAAUUAUUUUCAUUCCGGUACCUCAAGAAAACUUGGCGAUGUACGGAUCAGUUGUCGGAAAUGAGCUCUCCAAGGUGGAACAGCAGGACAACCCCGGCUUUAUGAAAACGCUUGGCCAAUCGAUUUCGCGGCGACACUUCAAAUCAAGUAGCGGCGGGACCAGUGACCCUCUUUCUCCCUAG